AUGUCAGCCCCCUGUGGUAGAAAGCAGUGUAGAAUUGGUCCAUCAAUUCUUAAUUCAGAUCUAUCUAAGUUAGCUUCAGAAUGUCAGAGACUGAUGGACAGUGGUGCAGACUAUCUGCAUCUCGAUGUUAUGGAUGGGCAUUUCGUCCCAAACUUAACGUUUGGACAUCCUGUUGUUAAAUGCCUUCGACCGAAGGUGCCCGGAGUGUUUUUUGAUAUGCAUAUGAUGGUUCAAAACCCAGAGCAGUGGGUUCAGAAUAUGGCAGAUGCAGGAGCAAAUCAGUACACAUUCCAUUAUGAGGCAACAGAUGAUCCUACUGGAUGUAUUAGGAAGAUCAGAGAAGCUGGAAUGAAGGUUGGUGUUGGUAUAAAACCAAAGACAGCAGUGGAUGUGUUAGUGCCAUUAAUAGACCUAGUAGAUAUGGCUCUUAUAAUGACAGUGGAACCAGGAUUUGGAGGCCAGAAGUUUAUGGCAGACAUGAUGCCAAAGGUUUCUUUUCUGAGAGAGAGGUACAGCGAUUUGGAGAUUGAGGUAGAUGGGGGUGUCGGACCAUCAACAAUUCAGUAUUGUGCUGAUGCUGGUGCUACAAUGAUUGUAUCAGGGAGUGCUAUUAUCAACAGUGACAAUCCAAAAGAGACUAUAACUUACAUGAGGGAUAUUGUUAAUCAAUCCAUACAGAAGAAUUCUGCCAAGAGUUAACAUAGUGCUGGUUAUUAGAGUUGUAUGUAUACUGUGUAGAAGUUAUUCUGUACACCAACAUUUGUCUCACUGGCUAGUGAUAAUUUUGUAUUUAAACACUUGAUGUGUAAUAUUUAUGAAUAUAUUCAAUCCAAAUCUUUAGGAUAUUUUUUUAUGCCCCGCCAUGAAUAUGGCCGGGGCAUAUUGUGUUUGUCAUGUCCGUCUUCCGUCCUUCCGUCUGUUCUUCCAUCACAUUUUGCGCAUAGCUCUGUUCAAAGCUAAGUUUCAAAGAAACUAUCCAAGAUAUUUUCAUCAAACUUCAUAUGCUGAUAGAUAUUGAUGAGAGUUAUGCAACUGCAUCAACAUUUUUUUUACCUUGACCUUUCCUUUGACCUUGACCACACUUUUCUUAAAUUAGUGUUUAGCUUAAUUUUAAACAUACCAUUCAAGAUGGUGUUAUCAAACUUCACAUGUUGAUACAUACUGAUGAGAGCUAUUCAACUGCAUCAACAUUAUUGACCUUGACUUUCCUUUGACUCUUGACCUCACUUAUCUUUAAUUAGUGUUUUUGCUCAGUUUUAAAGAUACCAUUCAAGAUAUUUUUAUCAAACUUCAUAUAUUGAUCCAUAUUGAUGAGAGCAGUUCAACUGCAUCAACAUUUUUUACUCUGACCUUUCCUUUGACCUUGACCUCACUUUUCCUAAAAUCA